AUGGUGUCAUUGUGCAGUCGUCCUACUUCCAUGACUGAUGCUGCUCGCCAUCAUUAUCAAAAGCUAUACUCUCCGGAACCCAUUGAUAAUGAUGCCAUUCAUCAGUUAUUGCGCGUGGUACCAUGUGCUACCCUCAACGACCCCAAUAUACAGUCUCACCUCAUGGCGGCGUUCACUCUGGAAGACAUUUGCUUGGGUGCACGCCGGGUUCCCCAUCUCAGUAGUCCUGAAUCCACACCUGGUUCUUUUACACCGAAAAAGGUUCUUGCUACCUUGCGUGUCUCUGACGCGUACCUAUUAGACUGCUCGCCUAACCGGCUUCGUCGACGUACCCACGAUGAGAUCACAACGGGUCGUAAUUCAAUUUCUCACCUUUUUCGUGCUCUGGACUCUGGCAAAGCACUCAUUACUUUGUUUCUUUACCGCGCGCUUUUACCUGGUGUCCCAGUUCUUUCCGAUGCUGGAUCGUAUUUGGGGUCCGUUGAUCUCACACCUUUCUACGAUCGCUUCGCUAUCAACGAUACGCCCUUGGCCUCUUGUAGUACCCAAGCAUUUCGGCUACAACGCCAAUUGCCCGACAUUCAGUCUGCGAUUGCUGAUACAAACUAUCCUUCGUUUUCACCGCAACAAUGGAAAUCCUUUUGGCGUGCCCGUAUUCUACCCCUCGCACGGACCAUCUGGUGGCGUGUUCUACAUCACAAAAUCUCCUGUCAUGCCAAUUUACAUCGGAUUCUGCCCGACCGUUUUUCUUCUGAAUGCGAAAUCUGCACAACCGCUCUCGACACUCAAGAACAUUUUCUACUGGACUGCCCCGCCAAGUGGCGUGUCUGGCAGAGUGUUAUCCAAGACUGUGUUCUUUUACCCGUACACCGCACAAUGAUUUUCGACGCUAUCUUCUCCCUGGUGUUACCUCGUUGGAGCCUUCGUCGGUCUUGGCUUUCUCCGAUUCAGCUCCUCACCGGCAUCCUGGUUGGUAUCUGGCGAGCACACUGGCUUUCUGUAUUUUCAAACGUUCCCUUCUCCCCCACUAAUUUCCUCUACACAUACUCUCUUCUUACUUUCCGCAAGGAAGAGUCUCUUUUAUCACCGCCUCCUGCUUGAUCUCUUUUGAUACCCCUCCAUUUUUCCUUCCCUCUUUAUUCCGAGAAGAGAAAGCAGCACAAGC